AUCCAUCCCUCUGUCUUGGCUCUCUUCUCUCUCCCAGUCCCUUCUCCUUUUCCUUUCCAUCUCUCUGUACCUACUUCUCUCAACGUCCUUCUCUCUUCUCCUUUCCCUUUCCAUCUCUCUUUCUCUGCUCCUCUCUCUAUCCGUUUCCCUUCUUCUCUCCCUAUCCAUCAUCUCCCUGUCUCUCCUCCUAUCUUGCUCCCUCUCCCUUUUCAAAUCCCUAUCUGUCCCCCGCUCCCUACUCCUUGCUCUGCUGUAGCUGACACUGUUUUCCCUUUCCUCAUCCCUCACCAAGUCUCUACUUCCAUGUCGUUGAUCCUGACUACCAUCCUCAUUCCAUUCAUGAUGGUGUUGUCUUUUCAGAAGAGCCUCAUCAUCCAUUAUGCUCCCAGAAUGAGAUCUAUCUUUAGCAUGUUCAAUUGAUCUUGAUCUACUCCUAGUGUAAUCACAAUAUCUCUCACCCAGUGGUGAAUGAGCUGAUGUUCCAUACCUUUCCCCAGAGCUUUCGGAAGACAGUGACUUUCUCAAAUCACUCAAUUUGCUGCCAUCAGCCUCCUCAACAACCUCCAGGUGCUUACCACUUAUUUUUGGAGGGGACCCAGACUCCAAAGACUGCAUAUCAUCCCCCCCACGAUGUUUAUGAGUCUCAUCCCUGUUAAGAUGACCCCCAGAGCCAACUCUAGAGAAUAAUACCUCUUGAGGCUCUGGGCUAGAAAUUCUAGGCAAACCAAUGUUAUCACAAUUCUUAUCAGUACUCUUGCCAUGACUCUUGAAUACAAGAUCCUCCACAGGAUGAGUACCUUUAUGG